CUCGGCUCGUCAGGAUCGUGUGGUUGAUUUACGUGAGGUAGCGGGGAUCAUGCCGGUCUCUAUACGUACAACAGUCUCGGCGAAUUAAGAGAAAAAGACAGGCCGUAACGUGCCACGUGUCGCUACGACGGUUUGGCGCGACGUCCCGUGUCCUGCCGUCUCCGUUCGGUUACGCGAUCGGAAGUGCGCGGCGACUGAAAAAGAUGACACAGUCCCGCGGUAAGGAGAGACGCGCGUCGCACGACGAUAACCACCAGCGUGACGGUCCGAGUGUAGUAGAUUGAUAUACGUAUGCGCGAGAAGAGAGAAAAAUAAGUGGGUAAAGUGCUGGAAGCAAUCUACGACUCUUUCAAGUCGUCUUCGAGAAGUACGGGCAGUGCACGAGACGCGGGAACGGAUCCCUCUGGAGCCGCAGGAACAGAAAGCGAAGGGUGGACGAUGCCGUCGGUAUGGCAGCAGACUCCGCUGAUACUUCCUUGCUAACGAGCGUCAUCGAGGAAGAUCCAACUGAGAGCCCGAAUGCGAUCCAUGCGGGACGAUCUGAGAUUCUCCAUCUCCACUAUCAUCAUCACCACCCUCGCAGCAAGGAUGUUCCAAGGAAAUGUCGGAGAGAUCAAAACGGUGCGCUAUUGUGCGACUUCGACGAGGUGAUCGAUUACGUCGAUUAUGCUAGACUGAUUCGGAGCUGGUUAUCAAGAACAUGCAAUUGGCUCCCAAAGAUGUGCUCCUGCAUCGACGGCAGCUCAACGCUGCCGAGUAAUCGAGCCGCAAGCUAUGAGCGGCUUGGUUCCAAUCUCACGAUCUUCGAACUCAACAGCACGAUGCGAAGGAGUCGAAGAAGUGACCAGGAUUUGAUCGACAGUGAAAGACAGGAAGAAUUGCGGUUUUAUAACAACGAUCACUCUUUUACGACCGUGGUCGUCGAGAAGAAUCUACGAACGAUCGACCUAUGCGAGUUGCUCAAAGUCAAGAGGAACACGAUCGGCGUAGCCUGGUCGAUAAUCGAAACGUGGCCGAAACUGGGAAUCGAGCGUACUUUAGAAGACCAUGAAGAUAUUCUUGCUGUUCAUAGAGAAUUGGAAAUGUUCGCUUCUCAAUACGAAAGGAGGUUUUAUUUUAGUCAAGACUUCCUGAAAUAUGAAGUGUUCAUCAAGCCUGCGCAAUUUUUUCCCACGGACAUGAUUGCGUUUCCCAGCGGGGAAGAGAGGGGCACAUUUACCGAAGCCGAGAGUGCGUUAAGGAAUUACCUGCUACGGGAGGACAGUGAGUGCCCGUACGUAUUCAGCAUGGUAUGGAUGCGAAAUGCGAGUUCGAACGGUUGGAAGAAGAUGUACAUGCUACUUCAAGGCCGGAAACUCUACACAACAAAGAAGGCGAUCGCGACGCUACCAAAACGACUUCUGGACAACGAACAACUAAUCACACUCGCGCACUUGUCGGAUUACAACGUCUACAGGAUACCGAACGCCAAGCGGGUUUUCGGCGCACCCUUCGAGUGGGGCGCCUGCCUGAGGCCGAACAGCAACGCCGAAGCCGAAGAUACGGAGGCUGGGGAGCCCGGGAUCAAGGUCAUUAUUUUCGAGAACGAAAAAUCGCGCACCUGCUGGCUCACAGCCAUGAGACUCGCUAAGUACGGCAAACAGCUACGAGAGAAUUACCGAGCCUUCAAGAACAAGCAGUGCGAGCAGAACGGCGGAGGCAGUCCCAAAGAGCAAUAUAGCAGCUACAAUGUAUCCAACGAAUCGAUACGAUCACGCGUGGCGAUGGAUUUUACCGGUAGCGUGGGCAGGAUAGUCGAAGAUCCUAAGGAAGCCAAGGAUAUAGCCGAAAAUGAAGGCAUGGUUUGGCGGCGGAGAUGGCGACCGUUUUCGCGAACACCACCGGGAUGCGCCAUGAUGAGGCUGCAUGGCCUCGAUGCCGGUAUACAUGUUCUUCAGCCUUGGUUCCACGGCGGUCUCAAGAGGGAUGUCGCGGCAGCUAUUAUAAGGGAUCACGGCAGCGUCGACGGUGUGUUUCUGGUCAGAGAGAGUAAGAGUAAUCCUGGGGCCUUCGUGCUGACCUAUAAGUACAACGACAAGGUCUUUCACGCGCAAAUCCAACCCAUUUUUGAUGAGCGUCGCAACUGCUGGCUGUAUACUCUCGAUAAGGGAACGACCAAGUUCUACGACCUGCUGCAACUGGUUGAGUUCUAUCAGCUGAACGCAGGCUCGUUGCCUACCCGGCUCACUCACUACGUGCAGAACGGGGUAAAACCGCCGCUGCACAAACCGGAGGAUGGCGGGGCAUCGCCGUCGCCGCCCGAGAGCAGUAGCCAGCGGAUCAACAGCAUCGACAAGGCCGCUGAGCCAAGCGGUAAUCCGAGCAGCAUUUGAGUAUAGGACAGUCGGCGACCCGCUGGUGUUGUCGACGAUGAUCGCCUACUUACCGUUUGCGCCACCACCAACGGGCCCCUCGACCCCGCCACCAUCACCGACAACAUUGUGAUGGUACAUCGUAGCAACAGUAACAACAAUCGUUUGGGGAACAACAAUAGCAACGGCGGCGGCAACGGGAAUCGUAGCGAUGUCCACACGACACGAUCGGGUUGCUGGAACCUGUGUUUUUGCAGUUACAACAAGUGGGAUUUGUAGCGCGAUCAGUAACGGCAGUAGCAAAAGUAACAGGAUGAUGUUUAAGCAGACGCAAAGAUGUAUGGCUGUUUCGUUAAUGAGAGAGAGAGAGAGA